UGAGACAGUGAUGCGGGUGGAUGAGUUGGUGGUCAAGGUGAAGAUGUCCAUGUACAAAGAUCACACCUACACAGAGGCGUUCCAAAGCUCACCCCUGAUCCACAUCCGGGACAAGGUGUAAGUGGAGGUCAAGGUCAAGGAGCCGGAAGACUUCUUCCACCUGAGGGUGAAUGAGUACUGGGCCACACAGUCCCCCAAACCCAACUAGACAGAGGGCUCCGUUCACACCCGGCUGCUCAACGGGUCAGUGGACCAUCAAACAUUCAUCCAUGUGAACAUGUAGGCCUAUUAUUGCACUUUAAACAUGGUAUGAACAAUUCAUCUAACAAGCUGUGAGCAAUUCAGUUGUGAGCUGAGCUUAAUACUGAAUCUGCUACAAUUAUGCAUGUCUUCUGUGCAAAUUGUUUAAGUUCAAUGAUGGAGGGUCUUGGAUUUUACAUUCUAAUGAUCAGAUAAAGAUCUGUUCAAUCUAAUACACUCUUUCACAAGGGUGUGUGAAUGACGAGAGGGUCACCUUUCUAAAUGUGACAUCCGGGCACAAACAGAGAGGACUCCACUAUCCGGUACAGCUUUGACAUGUUCCGCUUUGUCGAGGAGCCUCAGGACCAGUACAUGCACUGCACAGUGCGCUUGUACUCCCCGGACGAUAAUGAACCCUGCAAC